GUAGGUUUAUUGUGAGGACAAAGUAAGAUAAUGCUUGUAAAAAUCUCUGGCACCUAUUAAAUGCUCACUAGGCCAUAGUUGUGGGUAAGAAUAACAAGACCCUUGCUAACUGAUCCCUGCUGAACUGAUUACUUGUUCAGUCUAAAUAAACCUACUCAUGCUCCUAUUAAGAAAUGCCGGGGUUGGGGUGAAGGCACGGGCGAGUUUGGGAUUCCGAGAGGACCCGGUCUUGUCUCAUGCUCCGUCCACUCCAUAGACCCGCAGCAGCCUGCCUCGGCAUGAAGGCCUAUCAAUAUUUAACGUGCAGGUGUCAGUUGCUGUAAACCGAGCAUACCCCAGCACCAGCUUGAAUUAAUCAUAUGCAGGAGAGAAAAUAAAAUGCCUUUUUCUCAGAGCCCCAAGUUUCACUGGCUACACCAAAGCCUGGAAACCACAAGGUGAACCUUCUGCUGAUGGAGGACCCUGCGAAGAAGCUGAACCAGAAGAGUGACGGCAAACCCAGGAAAGUACGAUUUAAAAUCUCUUCCUCCUACAGUGGCCGGGUGUUGAAGCAGGUCUUUGAGGAUGGGCAGGAAUUAGAGUCGCCAAAGGAGGAGUACCCUCACAGUUUCCUCCAAGAGUCCCUUGAACCAAUGGAUGGUGUUUAUGGGUCUGGGGAAGCCCCCAAACCCCGGGCGUACUCCCCUAAGCUGACUGCUCAGAGGAUCAGCGUGUUUCGAGAGGGUAGUGCCUACACCUUGGCGAGCAGCCAGCCUUUCUUCAAUGAUUACAAGGCGAAUGACCGUAAGUCCCCACCUAUUAUAGAUUUUGGAAAGAUAAUCAUCUACACGAAUAACCUGAAAAUCAUUCGAACUCCAAUGGACAAGAGAGAUUUCAUGAGGAAAAUGCUCCAGAAGGAAGAGGAGGCUGAGGAAGAGUCUCUGAUGAGCAAAGAAGAAAUCUAUGGAGACCAGAACGAUGGGCCUUUGGCAGAGACGGGAGGCACCUUCCCCCAUAACCAGUACCCACAGGAAGGGGAACUUCCCGAGGACAACUGUUUUCACUGCCGAGGAUCGGGCAGUGCCACCUGCUCUCUGUGCCACGGCAGCAAGUUCUCGAUGCUGGCCAACAGAUUUAAGGAGUCCUAUCGGGCCCUGCGGUGCCCUGCCUGCAAUGAGAAUGGCCUGCAGCCUUGCCAGAUUUGCAAUCAAUAGCCCGUGGCUUUGUAUGUCCGCUUUUAUCGCAUCCUCCCUAAAGCUAUUUGUAAUCAACUGCCCCUCCUCCACCUUCUCCUCCCUCUCCCAGCAAGGAAGCCACCGUGGCCGCCAUCACUUCCACCACUGGCACAACUCAGUUACUCGAUGAUAUUUCGUGAGGCUGGUAACAUCUCCGUGUGGGUCUAAGUGGCAGAGGCAUUUUUGAAUUAGAAUCUGCUUUGAAACUGGUCCUCAAAUGAUCCUUCCAGGACCGUGUGCACGUAUCUCACUUGACUUAGCUCAGGUUUCUCCUUGCACAAGUGAACAAAUAAAUGUACAAUUCAGGCAGCAGACUGAAGUCAUUUCCCGGUUGGGAGUUAUUUGAAAAAUUAUGCAGAGAGAAAGGAAUAAAAAAAGUCAGGUUUCUGAUGAACUGCCUUCUUGUUGCUUAUAAUGCAUUUCACACAGUUAUUGGUCAAAUUGCAUUUUUAAUUAAGCAGAGGAGGAAAGGGAGGCCCGAUGUUGAAUGCACUAGCAGGCCGCUGAAAACAAAACAAGAUGUGUUUGCUUCUUGCUGAAGAGAGGCGAGCUGAGGAGCCCCUUUUUUUCAAAGUCCUGAGUCUCUCCUGUGUGAUGUGCUUGGGUAAUAUGCAUGCAGGCAAUGAGCAAUGCUACUUCUUAGGACAAGAUGAGAUAAGACAUUUCUGUGCGCCUCUACACAACUGAGGUUAUAAGCCAAGUCAAAGCUAUUUAUGAUAAAUUUGGUGCUUAAGUAUAUGGGUGUGUGUGAUAACGACUUCUUCCAGCCCCCAAAUUAUUACCAAAUGAAUGCAUUUAUUUUAAGGCUAAGGUAUAACCAUGAUCUCUUCAUAAAAGACUGUGGGUAUUUUAUAGGUAUCUAUUGGAAACUUCUAAAAAAAAAAACUCACCAAGGCUGAUAUUUAGUAAUUAUGUUUCUACUGUCUAUGAAUAUGCAUACUAAGGAUAAUUUUUCCUCUUAAAGUUGGUUGUAAAAUUAGAAAAAUAUGUUUGUUAAAUGAACUUUUGCAGCUCUAACAGCCAUUCCCCUUCCCCCUUGAGAAUAACACUGUAAAAUCUGUUAUCUAUUUAUACGCAUUGCUUUUCUAUGGUAAUUAUUUUGAUUUUCGUAACUUAAUUUUUUCAAGAUUUGUUUGUUAUUCUCUAGUAUUCAGCUGUUAAUAUAAUUCAACAGUGGAGUGAUCUUCAGACAAUAUACAUACUUCUAAUAAAAAUAUUAAACUAUUUUUCAAGACCAAGAUAAUUUUGCCUGUUCUCUUUCAGCCAAAACAAUGGCACUAUCGCUCACCAACUUUCUUUGCUUCUGUACUUAACUAUUUCCUGACUCUGUUUAUGUUUCCUUACAGCUCUUGGCUCUUCUGUCUUUCCAGAAUAUCAGAGGAAGGAAUGAUGUCGAGAGAUCCUAAGACCUUUAAGUGUAUUCUUCUGCUUUUUGACAGGAACAUUCGACCACAGAUACUGUUUGUUGGACAUGCAGGAUGGUAUUACCAGGUGCUCGAUGUGCAGUGUUUCCCAGAUGGGCACCACCCUUUGGUAUCUUAUGGGACUUAGAGUUUCAGCGGAGGAGACAGAUAUAUAAACAGAUAAUUACAAUAUAGUGUGACAAGUUCUGGGAAAGGGGAAUUCCAGGGAGCAUUUGGAGCACAUAGAAGGGACACCUAACAUAGCCUGAGUGGGGUUAGAGUGGCUUCCCAGAGGAAGAGGUGUGAACUCUGUUGGUUUCUUUUCCUUACCCCAAGCUCUUAAGAUCAUUUAAUACUUUUCAUUUCAUAAUAAAUACAUCUACUAAUGAUUACAUUUAUUUAUUCAAUUAAGUAUUUAUUGAAUACUGGGGAUGCAUCACUAGACAAAACGGACAAAGUCCUGGUCCCUGUGGAGCUUACAUUUUGGUGGGGUGAUAUUGACAACUAAAAUAUAUGUAUUUAGAGACAACUACAAAUAUGUAAUACAGAAUA